AUGGGAGUUUUCUUAUAUUAUCACUUUCUCUCUCUCUCGCUUUCUUUAUUUCUCUCACGCAAUCUCUCUCUCCCUCUCUCUCGCUUUCUUUCUUUCUUUCUUUCACUCUUUCUUUCUCUCACGCUUUCUUUCUUUCUCUCUCGCUCGCCAGCUUUCAUUCCCGCUCACUCACUCUCUCUCGCUCAUUCUCUUUCUCACUCUUUCCCUAGCCCACUCUCUCACUUGCUCUCUUUCUUUCUCUCUCUCUCAUUCGCUCUCACUCUUUCUCUCUCACUUUCUGUCUCUCUCUCGCUCACUUUUUCUCACUCUUUCUCUCCCCCACUCACUCUCACUCACCCUUUCUCUCCCCAAUAUAUCAUAAACAAUUUAUGUAACAAUUAUUUCACUUUCUCUCUCAAUCUCUCUCCUCAUCUAUCUACCUCUCUAUAUAUAAUCUAUCUAUCUAUCUAUCUAUCUAUCUAUCUAUCUAUCUUCAUGUUUGACUAUCCAAAUCUGUUAGGAUCUAUCUAUCUAUCUAUCUAUCUAUCUAUCUAUCUAUCUAUCUUAUCUAUCUGUCUGUCUAUCUCUUCUCUCUCUCUCUCUCUCUCUCUCUCUCUUUACAGUGAAACUACUCUCCAUCUUCCUUUUACCUCUCUCUUUUUUGUCUCUCUACCUUUGCCACUAACUACAUUGGUCUGUCCAUUUCAAGCUACCGAUAAAACCAUACAACACUCUGUAAACUCAGUUCAUUAUCUAUCUAUCUAUCUAUCUAUCUAUCUAUCUAUCUAUCUAGAUCUCUUCAUUAUCAAUCUAACUAUCUAUCUAUUUAUUUAUCUAUCUAGAUCUCUUCAUUAUCUAUCUAUCUAUCUAUCUAUCUAUCUAUCUAUCUAUCUAUCUAUCUAUCUAUCCGAUUUUUCAUCCUUUCCUCUGUCUAUUUCAGUAUCCAUCUAUCUAUCUAUCUAUCUAUCUAUCUAUCUAUCUAUCUAUCCGAUUUUUCAUCCUUUCCUCUGUCUAUUUCAGUCUUCAUCUAUCUAUCUAUCUAUCUAUCCGAUUUUUCAUCCUUUCCUCUGUCUAUUUCAUCUUCAUCUAUCUAUCUAUCUAUCUAUCUAUCUAUCUACUUAUAUAUAUAUAUAUGUGGUAAUUACAGACUUUUACAGUUUCAUCAUAAAUAUUUCUCCCAACUUCUUCCCCUUUCACUCUUUCUUUAUUUCAUUCUUUCCUAUCUCUCAAACCCUCUCUCCGUCUUUCUAUCCACAUUUUUUUAUCUAUCUAUCUAUCUAUCUAUCUAUCUAUCUAUCUAUCUAUCUAUCUAUCUAUCCCAUCUUUUCACUAUCUAUCUAUCUAUCUAUCUAUCUAUCUCUUCAUUAUCUAUCUAUCUAUCUAUCUAUCUAUCUAUCUAUCUAUCUCUUCACUAUCUAUUUAUCACAUCACUUCACUAUCUAUCUAUCUAUCUAUCUAUCUAUCUAUAUCGAUCUCUUCCGAUCAUGA